UUUAAUCCGAGGGAUUUAUCAGAUCAUCUGAUCUAAGCAACAACUCUCCUUCUCUCUCUCCUACAAAUGAUUUGAGGUCUGUGGGAAAGGCCUGAGGCAUUGAUUUAGAUAUGAACCAAAACUGAUGAAUCUUCGCGUAGUAAAUUAUAUUUUUUCAGCUGAUUUAUCGACAAUCAUGUUGAAGGCUUUGAGGGGAAUGCGGUUGUUGUUGCCUCACCACCUGUUUAUAUCAUUUGUUUUGUUGAGUUGUAUGAACAUUGUGAGUGCUGGUCUCACAAGUACUUUUAUUCGUUCAGAGUUUCCAUCUACUGACAUUCCUCUUGAUCAUGAAGCAUUUGCAGUUCCCAAAGGCUAUAAUGCACCACAGCAAGUACACAUCACACAAGGUGACUAUGAUGGAAAGGCUGUUAUUAUCUCAUGGGUGACAGCUGAUGAACCAGGACCCAGCAAAGUACUAUAUGGCACGUCAGAGAAAAAUUACGGUUUUACUGCAGAAGGAACAAUGACAAAUUACACUUUCUACAACUAUACAUCUGGUUACAUUCAUCACUGUCUUGUUGAUGGCCUUGAGUAUGACACCAAGUACUACUACAAGAUUGGAAACGGUGAUUCUGCUCGAAAAUUUUGGUUUCAAACACCUCCAAGGAUUGAUCCAGAUGCUCCCUAUAAAUUUGGAAUUAUUGGUGAUCUGGGCCAAACAUUUAAUUCACUUUCCACCAUCGAGCAUUACAUGCAGAGUGGAGGACAAGCUGUCUUAUUUGUUGGAGAUCUUUCUUAUGCCGAUAGAUACCAAUAUCAUGAUGUUGGUGUUCGUUGGGACACAUGGGGUCGUUUUACCGAACGAAUUGCUGCAUAUCAGCCAUGGAUGUGGUCCGCUGGAAAUCAUGAAAUAGAGUACAUGCCAUAUAUGGGGGAAGUUGUUCCUUUCAAAUCGUAUCUUUACAGAUACCCUACACCCCAUGCAGCCUCCAAAAGCAGUAGUCCCCUCUGGUAUGCCAUCAGACGCGCUUCCGCUCAUAUAAUUGUGCUAUCGAGCUAUUCUCCAUAUGUAAAAUACACGCCUCAAUGGAGGUGGCUUGCAGAAGAAUUUAAAAAGGUGGACAGGGAGAAGACACCUUGGCUAAUUGUUCUUAUGCAUGUCCCAAUCUACAAUAGCAAUGAAGCGCACUUCAUGGAGGGUGAAAGCAUGCGAGUGGUCUUUGAGAGUUGGUUUAUUCAUUACAAAGUUGAUAUAAUCUUUGCGGGCCAUGUCCAUGCUUAUGAAAGAUCGUAUCGCAUCUCAAACAUACACUACAAUGUAUCGAGUGGUGAUCCUUUUCCUGUACCAGACAUGUCUGCCCCUGUCUACAUAACCGUUGGAGAUGGAGGAAAUCAGGAAGGUCUUGCUGCAAGAUUUAGAGACCCCCAACCAGAAUAUUCUGCAUUCCGGGAAGCCAGUUAUGGGCAUUCUACAUUGGAGAUAAAGAAUAGAACACAUGCAUUCUACCACUGGAAUCGCAAUGAUGAUGAAAAAAGAGUGGAAACUGACUCUUUCUUGAUACAUAAUCAGUACUGGGGAAACGAUAAGCGGAGGAGAAAACUCGAAAAGAAUCAUCUCCAUGCAGUUGUUACAGAAGUGCUACUUACUCCCAAAAUGUGAAGGUGCCUCUGAUGCAUGCACUUCCAACGGGAGCAAAUAGCUGCCGUGGACAGUUGGCUCAAGUGCGAAAGACACUUGCCACUCUUAGCUAUCAGUUCCAUUCCAACUCUCGAGAGAAUAAUGAUUUCCGUAACACCGCUCUUUAAUGUAGUAGGCCAUUUCAUGACGAAUAAAAUGUGCUAUUCGUGAUGUUCUGUUGUUUAGAAACAAAUGAAAAUUUGAGAGUAUGCUCAGUUCAGUUUUUCUAGAACAAUUCUGUUCUUUGAAAACUGAAUUUAAAAAAAUGUCAAAUUUUAUAGAAUGGUUUUUUGCAACCAUUCUGAAAUUUGGUUCCGAAUUUCUUUGAAAACUAUUUUAAUGAGAAGUGAUCUAAACCGACUCUUAACCA